GCAACUAUAAUGUGCUUAACAUCAAGUUUCGUUAAGUUUUGUCAAACGUCAUUUGCUUAAGCAAAAUGCGAAACUGAUCGCAUGUUCCGUACGGAUUCAGCUCUUUUCUCUUUUUGUCAACAGAUACAUCGUUUUGAAUUUGAAGAUGGAAAACGACGAAUGUUUUAUACAAAAUUUAAUGGAAAAUAUUGAAAAAGGAAAUGUUUUUACGACAAACAAUAUGCCUUUUCUUUCAAUCGGGUGUAUAUAAAAAAAUCUAUAUGAUCAGUCCUCUUCAUUUCUAGGAAUCGUACAAAAAAACUAUCCUACUUUCUCUUCCUGUUUAUUUCCCUCACUGAACAUGACCGAACUCUAUUUUUUAAUUUCACUAAUUUCUGUCAAUAUGCGUAUUCCUUCUAAAACAGAAGUAAGCAUUUUAAUUGUUUUUAAAUAUUUUAAUAUUCUGUUCAUUUUUGCAAAAUGCAAACUAAACAAAACCAAAACACAAGUUGUUUUUGACACUUUCUUCUUAUGCAUUUAAGCACAUUAUAGUCAUUCAAAAGUCUACUCUCCAUUCGUUAUGCAUUUGACAGGCUUUUCGUUCAUUUUUUGACAGUAACAUACGGCAGCUUAUGCAUAUUAUAGUUAGGCCUUAAGUGUCAAUGGUGGUGUUGGUCGUAAGCGCUUGGAAAGUGAAGAUGCUAACACAGGUUCGAACCUCGACAGAAUAAAUUUUUAAUUUUUUGCUUUUAACAUCGUAUACUAUAUAAAUAAAUAUUUUUCUUACUAAUACGAGUAGAAAUUAAAUUUAUCACAGAAAUAUUAUGUCUAUGUGUAUUAUGUAUAUUGCUGUGAUAAAUUUAAUUUCUAUUAGUAAGAAAAAUAUUUAUUUGUAUAGUAUACGAUGUUAAAAGGCAUACAUCUUCUAGCCUAUCUUGUGUAUCUGCACUGCUUGUAAAAAAAUAUAUUUUUUCUAUCUGUCAACGCGCAGAGAAAAUGAAACACGUCGCGUCGACUGGAUCGCCGGAGACAAAAUCCAUCUUUUAUUUCCAAGUUACUAAUAUUUAUACAUUUACUUAAAAUAUGCAUAUCGCUCAUUUGCUGCAAGACCGGCAUAAGUCAGAAAAAUCGGUUUUCCAGAAAACGCCUUAAAAGUUUUCAACUGACUACAACCUUACGCGGUGACUCCAUCCUUACAUCUCUUCUCAAGCGGAGCAUAUAAGAGCAUUAACUCAAAAAUCACGUUUUUUGAUUUAUGCCGGUCUUGCAGCAAAUGAGCGAUAUGUACGUACAAAAGCCCACAACUUGAGAAAAGUUUGCUCAAUUGUAAUCAAAUGAAUUUUUACAACUGGCAUCACCACCGUUAACUGAUCUAUAACAUGUACAGUGGUGUGAACAAAACAGGAACAACUAUAGGUGUUGUCACGUUUUAAAAUGUGCUGUUUUCUUAUUAAAUAAAAUUGUUUUUAGAUACAAUAUAUUUAUAUAUUUUUUCCUAACAGUGAUUAGAAUUUCUCACCAUGCAAAGGUAAACAAAAACAAAUUUUAAUGCGAAACUCUAAACCCUGCAAAUUAUGUUUACCUCUUUUUGUUCACAUACACAUACUGUACAAUUGCGAUAUGAAGUAAACUUCCGCUCUUUAAUUUGUAUACAAUGUCAGUACUGCCGCAACCACUCUGCGAUGAACAUAAAGUUACAGAGGAAUGUAACUGAUUUUUUUCGCAACUUGAUAUGCCCUUCUCUCCGUAAACUAAUAUUCCCCUCAUCUUGCCCCCGUGCGCACUUAGCUAACUUUGCGGGCUAAAAAUGUGCCCAUCUUUGGUUUACGCGGCAUAGCAUGUUUUGGUUUUAACUUUUAAUUUUUCUCACUUUUAUUGAGAUAUUAUUAUUAUGCUUUUUUGCAUAUUACCAUUCGCACGAGGAUUUUAUAUUUUUAUUAUUUAUCUUUUAUAAGGAUCUACGAUCACGUAUCCUUUUCCGAAGAUAUUUUGUUUUUCGUGGCCCCACGUUGGGCGCCAACUAAUUCCCGUAUCGCGGGAAUUUGUAUAAAGAAUAUAUUUUUUCUAUCUGCCAACGCGGAGAGAAAAUGAAACACGUCGUGUCGACUGGAUCGCCGGAGACAAAAUCCAUCUUUUAUUUCCAAUUUACUAAUAUUUAUACAUUUACUUAUUAUUUACUUAAAGUUAUUACGUAUUGAAAUUGAGUUUGAAACAAAGAAAGUGUAAAUUUACAUUAAUAUCAAAUUCAGCAUUUUUAGGCAGAACGUUAAGUGUUCUGUUUUGAUUUUAUUAUGCCUUCUUGUGAGGGCUACAAAUCUUAUAUAUAAAAAUGAACCCGUUUUCGUUGUCACGGCAUCACGCGUGAAUGGCUGAACCGAUUUGGCUGAAUUUCUUUUUGUUGUAUUUGUUAUUAUUAGGAGAAGGCUCUUAUGUACGAAAAAAUUACGAAAGUUGCCGGAAAACCCCUAAAAACAGACCUUUUCUUUUUCCCACACAAACGUUUUAUUUUGUAUAUACAUACAUAUGUACAUAUGUACAUACAUAUGUAAGUAAAAAUUGUUUGUUUGUUAGUAACACUAACGCUCGAGAACGGCGGAACCAAUUUUGAUGAAAUCAGAAGUUGUUCGCUGUGGAUCUGGAAAGGGUUAGGUAUAAAAAAACCAUAUACUUUUCAUAAGGAAAAGUCGAAAAAUUGGAAAUUUCCAAAAAGUGACUUUUUAUACAAUUCUUUUUUGUUUUGUUUUUCAAUAUUUUGAUUUGUAAAUUAUUUGAAUCGUUCAAUUUCGGUAGCUUGUUUUUUUAUACCGGCUAUUUAAAAAAAAAAUUAUUGAAAAUUAUUCAGUGAAAACUUUAUGUGUGUUUCAAACGAUGUGAUCAAUUACAGAUUGAAAUUUGUUACGAAGAAACGAAGACAUCGCGCUAAUAUCGGUCGGCGUUCUUUUUGCCAUCAACGUAUGGCAGCCCAAGACACAUGAACUACAUGAGACUCCCAGGAUGCGAUGACAUAUGUGUGGAAUUAUGGAUCGCUGUCAAUCAGCAAGUGAUCAUCACGAUAGCUACGAUGUUUGAUGGACUUUAUCUUGAAGCAACGUAUGUAAAUACAAGUAUGGUGCAGACAGAUGCUGGAUGUACUCUGUUGAGUUGCAAAAAAGAGGUUUGCCACACGCACACAUCCUUCUUUGAAUGGUGGAUGGUGGUUACACCUGAUCAAAUUGAUGAAAUAAUUUCUGCGGAAAUUCCUCAUGCAGAGAAAGAUCCAUUAUUCUACGAAGUGAUGAAAACCAAUAUGGUGCAUGGACCUUGCGGACACCACAAUCCGACUUGCAAUAAAUGCACGAAACAUCAUCCACGUGCUUUUCUUUCGGAAACGCAAACUGGAAAUGAUGGAUAUCCACAAUAUCGGCGUCGCUACCCAGUUAACAGAGUGAAUAUCGAAGUUGACAACACAUGGAUCGUACUAUAUUCACCAUUAUUGUCUAAUUCAUAUUCAAAACUCAUAUCAGUGUUUAGUAUUGCAGUUUGGUGAAAUCGAUAAAAUACGUUUGUAAGUACGUCACCAAAGGAAGCGACAUGGCGAUUAUUGGUCUUGAACGAUACGGUCGAUACGUGAACUGUAAUAAAGCGCUUUGUAGGAUAUUUACUUUUGCAAUUCAUGAACUUUUUCCGACUGCUGUGCGUCUCGCUGUUAAUUUGGAGAAUGGCCAAAGAGUGUAUUUCAUCCCAGAGAAUACAGUAUAGCCAGUGGAAACAUCGCCAGCAACAAAAUUAACAUUGACGAGUUUUUUUCUUAACUUUCGUUAGUGAUGGGUUUGCUCUAUUCGAAAAUACCUUGAUAUUGUACAUGGAAUGCAUCGUCGAAUAGUUACGCAGAAAGCAAGGCCAACCAGUAGAUUGACAUCCAGGUGUCUUAUCAACUAAUGCAUUAGGACGAAUUUACACAAUCCACCCGAACGAUGAUUGUUUCUACCUUCGGUUGCUAUUGAUUAAUGUACGCGGUUCAGCUUUAUUUGAGUCAUUGCUUACUGUGAAUGGUAUAUGGGAAUAUGUGCAAGUUUUGGAGAAGUAAGCCAGCAAUUACAUUUACUGGAACACGCUAAUAACUGGAAUGAAAAUGAAGUUCGCAUAUUUUCGAUAUAAACCUCGACAUUGUCAAAGACAUUUUACAUCGUCUUCGCUAAAAAUUGGAAAUGGUUCAAUUUCGGUUGAUACUUCCGGUGGUUCGAUAUCAAUUCCAUCUUCCCUUUAUCAAUUCACGAAGGAUGAACUCAUCACAAAUGUUCGGACAUUGGCCAAAUUAUCAUAACUACGAUUCCUUAAGUGCACGCACAAUGUUAGCUGCCAAAAAUACCGAUGUUGUUGACUUCAACUGGAAGAUUCAAAGUCAAAUUUCGGGAGACUUGCGCUCAUACAAAUCGAUCGAUCGUCUUGACUAUGAAGACGACGCCGUGAAUUAUCCAGUGGUAUUCCUAAAUUCUUUGGACAGGCUUGGUAUGCCACCGCAUCAUUUGCGUCUCAAAGUAGGAUCUGUCGUUAUUAUGUUUCCCAAUCUUCAUGCGCCAAAACUGUGUAAUGGAACCCGACUGAUUGUGACGCACCUAUCGAGUACAAAGGAACAAAAUGCUUGAUCCUACGAAUUCCUUUGAGUUCUGACGAUUUGUCAUUUCAGUUCAAACGUAUUCCGUUUCCAGUGAAAAUUGAAUUUGAGAUGACAGUCAACAGGACCUAAUAGUCGCAUAAUGUGAGGCAUAAUUUUGGAAAUGCUAUGUUUUUCACAUGGCCGUAGCGUGCUCACGAGUUGGAAAACCAUCUUUUCUGUACACCGGAACAGAAACCGAAAAAUGUUGUUUAUAAGGCAGCGUUACAUUGAAAGAAAAAAAAAAAUGAAAUGAUAAAUUUAACUUUCUUUUCAUUUCAAACUACAUAAUUCACGCAGGACAACGGCUGCGGGGUCAGCUAGUAUUGUUUAUUCUAAUGUGAACGGAAAAAGUAUAUCGAAUUCUAUUUUAAUUUAUGAGGCCGCACAACUACAAAGUGUAAAGAUUCAAUUUUGUUUACAAUUAUGGUCAAGUGGCUGUGUGGAGGUUGUCCUUAACUUGUAUACGCAUGUGCGCGUUCAGAAAUUGAAUCAUAUUUUCAUCACUUAUCAAUAUACUUAUUACAUGUUCGCGCAUUGACUUGCAUGUUCAUACAUUCAUUUAUACUUAUAUGUACAUAUAUUUGCAUACAUUGCCGAACAAAUAAUGCACAAGCAUACAAACAAACAUACAUACACAUAUGAAUAUGUCACCAACAAAAAAUUGAUCUUCACAAGUCAAUAUGGCAGCCAAAUUGGCGAAGAACAAGUGUAGUAAAUUUUACAACAAAAACGAUUCCAUUCAUGAACGCAGGCGCAAAUUCCACAAGCGAUCUCGCUUCAUUCAUAAAAACAGAGGCCGUAACAUCUCUCCGAGCAUGCCUUUGCCAACAAAUCGACUUUUCGCGACGAUGGCAAAAGCUAAAAAUCAUAAAUUGCACAACUUUCUGGUGCUUCUCGCAAAAAUCUGCGUCGAUAUGUAUUCACGAUCAUACGUAUACAUACAUACAUAUUUACGCAUGUCUGUAGGCGAAGCUGCUACAGCGGCAAGGGGUGACAGUCGGAGGCCAUUACUUUACAUAUGCCAUAGAAAUUCUAUUGCUACGAAUAUGGAAAUGACAACGAAAUAAUGCAAAUAUGCAUACUUCUUAAGGUCAUUAAUUUUUUUGAAGAAAUGAAAGGAAUUAAUGAUCCUGAGAAGUAUAGUCUUAACUUUUCAACGGCCAACGCAGAGUAUUUCAACCAAAAGGAAUUUAUUCAUUAAAAUCACCACUCAGAGGUCGUUUUAUCCGUUGUAAGCGAACGAUUUUCGAAGAAACAUCAUUUCUAAUAUGCCACAAGACAAAAUUAGAAAUGAACUUCUUAAACCUCACGCUGUCAGAUAAAACAAUAUAUCUCGUCAUCGCGGGUCGAUUUCCAAAAAUGGAAAUGAAGACACACAGAAAUGAUUCUGUGAAGUAUAGUCUCAAUUUUUCAAAGGCCAACGCAGAGUAUUCCAAACAAAAGUCACACAAAAUAGUUGAAAAUUCGCAGAAAUGAAAGACAAACGAAAGAAAAAGAAGUAUAACUUCAAUAAUGCACAAGCAUACAAACAUAUAUAUUAGAGAUGAGGGAUAUGGUGAUUUUUCGAUAUCUGUGAUUUCAGUGAUUGCUAUUUUUAAAUCACUGUGAUUUUAUAUUGCUAUUGCGACCGCAACUAAGUCGACGUUAAAACGUCGUUGUUGUUGUUGUAGCGGCAGAUUCCGCCAAUUUGACACUGUUUGGCCGAAUAAAAGUCCUGAUCUGUUCCACUUACGUAGACCCGACUGUCGUGGGAACGACGAAAACAUUUUGUCGUUAUUGGCGGCAAAUUCUCUUUUGGCUCCUGUAACUCGAGUCAAGUUUUUCCGCCUUUCUUUUCACUACAUUUUCGCAAAUGUUGGAGCGGUUCGGCUACCUGACACUUAGACCAUAUAGCAUAGUUCAUUUGUAUGUUGGUAUGAUGGUUUCAUACAUUUCUUAGUGUGGUGAUAAUUUGUUUGUUUAGAAUACCCGCUUUUAAUAUUUUAAAGACGUAAUAAUUAACGGGAGUUUCCUAAUCUUUGGGAAAAUAUUAAAACCCCCUAAUUUUUUUAUUCCAUAAUUUUUUCUGAAAUUAAUUAGUUACAAUUCUUGUUUUCAUCACAAAAGCUAUUUGGUUUUAACAAUAAGUAAAAUUAAAAAUUUAAUUAAAACAAAUUAAAAUAUUCCAUAAUACCAUUUUGCUUACAUUUCAUCUACCACUUUAAACAUCUGCUAUACUUCACUUCUUUUCCUUGAUACAUUUCCUGCCAUUAUUAAAAAUUAUAAGAGCAUUACACUCAAAACUUCAAACCGCUAUGACGAAAAAUAGCAUAUACGAUAUAUGAAUGUAGGGUAUUGCCUGAAGAAAGUUGUUACUUUUCUGCUAUUGUGAUCGUAAAUCACAGGUUCGAACUGUGAUUCAAUUCACAGGUUCGAACUGCGAUCACAGUUUCGAACUGCGAUCGCAAUUCACAGGUUCGAACUGCGAUCACAGUUUCGAACUGCGAUCGCAAUCGCAGUUCAUAGAAGCGAACUGUUAUUUAUAAAAUGUGAUCGCAGUUGCGAUUUGCGAUUUUUCAAUCACAGUGAAAAAAUCACCGGUAGUGAAAUAUCGCUCAUCACUAAUAUAUAUGCGCACACAUGUGAAUAUGUCACCAACCAAAAAUUGAAACAUUGUUCUACAAAAACAACAACAGCAUAAGCAUGGCAACAUUAUGUUGUUGGUAGAAAAGCCGAGCUGUGCCGAAAAAAACGAACAAACGAUCGCCGAUUGUCCUCGCUUCCCUUGCUACUCGAACAUCUUCGCAGACAAGGUUGCGUUAGAUUCAUAUUGAGCAAGGUUGCGCAACUUGCAUUUAACACAACCUUUUCCGAACUCGUAUAAGAAGUAUAACUUCAAAAAUUAUUAUUCAUAUCAACUGAAGAGCUCUAAGGGCCUAGUUGUUGUAAUCAAGGGUAUAGACUCCGCCGUAGACUAUAAUGAAGUCAAAGAAGCAUUGGAAGAAUGCGGUUUUGGAAUUAAAACAGUUGUAAAUAUAUUUAAUAGAAAAAAGUACCUCAGAAAAUGUUUAAAAUUGAAUUGUUGCCGAACUCAAAUCAACUUAAAAAAAUGAAACACAUCCAAUAUAUAAUUUAAAUAUUUGCUGCAUCGUAGAGUAACUGUGGAUGAACCACAUAAAAGAAACUGUCCGGUACGAUUUACUAACUGCCAAUAAUAUGGGCGUACUAAAUCAUACUGCACGCUACGUAGUGUUUGUGUGGCAUGCGGUGAUUUACAUCCCACUUCUAAAUGCAAAUGCAAAUGCAAAUUUGAAAUCGAAGUUGCCACAGGGCAUUCAAGCACGUCGUAACUAAAUGUUACAAACACGCCGUAAUGAAAUUGUAGCAACUUCAGAAAAAAGGCCUAAUCCUAUUACUUCUAACAAUAGUAAUAUGCAAGGAAGCUAUGCAAAUGUGUUGAAAGGCAACACUGUGCAAAUGCAACGGCCGCAAAAUCCUCAAAUGGAGACAUUGAAACUAUGAUUAUAAAUCUUACGUAGUGCUUGGCGACUUCAACGCCAGGGUGGGCCAAGAAGGUAUCUUUGGCACUACGGUCGGUAAAUUCAGCCUCCACGAGGAAACAUCCCAAAAUGGGUUGAGGCUGAUCGACUUCGCCGGGGCCCGAAAUAUGGUUAUCUGUAGUACUAGAUUCCAGCAUAAGAAAAUUCAUCAGGCUACCUGGUUGUCUCCGGAUCGAAAAACUACCAACCAGAUCGACCAUGUUGUGAUAAACGGAAGACACGUCUCCAGUGUUUUAGAUGUGCGUGCGCUCUGAGGUCCUAACAUCGACUCGGACCACUAUCUUGUUGCAGCUAAGAUUCGCACCCGCCUCUGUGCAGCAAAAAACGCAUACCAACAAACACAAGGAAGGUUCGACGUCGAGAAGCUGCAAUCACAACAUUCAGCCGAACGAUUCUCUACUCGGCUUGCACUCCUGCUCUCUGAAAGCACUCGUCAACAACUCGGUAUAAGGGAACUGUGGGACGGCAUUUCAAACUCCUUACGUACAGCUGCAACCGAAACCAUUGGUUUUCGGAAAGUGCUAAAGAACAGCUGGUUCGACGAGGAGUGCCGUGUCGCAGUGGAGAGAAAACAGGUUGCUUACCUCGCAACGUUACGAUCGACCACAACACGUGCGGGAUGGGAUAGAUACCGAGAGUUGAAGAGGGAAGCGAGACGCAUUUGUAGACAGAAGAAGAAAGAGGCCGAAAUGCGUGAGUACGAAGAGCUUGAUAAGCUGGCCGACAGGGGUAAUGCUCGAAAAUUCACCGAAAAAAUGCGGCGGCUUACAGAAGGUUUCAAGACCGGAGCAUACUUCUGUUGAACCCCCCAAGGUGAUGUAGCCACCGAUGCCCAGAGCAUACUUAAAUUAUGGAGGGAACACUUCUCCAGUCUACUGAAUGGCAGUGAUCGCAUAACAUCAGCAGAAGGCGAACCCGAUUCCCCAAUCGAUGACGAUGGAGCAGACGUUCCAUUACCCGGCCAUGAAAAAGUUCGAAUAGCAAUUGCCCGACUGAAGAACAACAAAGCGGCAGGGGCCGAUGGAUUGCCGGCCGAGCUAUUCAAAUACGGCGGCGAAGAGCUGAUAAGGUGCAUGCAUCAGCUUCUUUCCAAAAUAUGGUCGGACGAAAGUAUGUCCAACGAUUGGAAUUUAAGUGUGCUAUGCCCAAACCAUAAAAAAGGAGACCCCACAAUCUGCGCCAACUACCGUGGGAUUAGCCUCCUCAACAUCGCAUAUAAGGUUCUAUCGAGCGUAUUGUGUGAAAGAUUAAAGCCCACCGUCAACAAAUUGAUUGGACCUUAUCAGUGUGGUUUUAGACCUGGUAAAUCAACAACCGACCAGAUAUUCACCAUGCGGAGGAGAAUCGACACUCACCACCUAUUCGUCGAUUUCAAAGCUGCUUUCGACAGCACGAAAAGGAGCUGCCUUUAUGCCGCGAUGUCUGAAUUUGGUAUCCCCGCAAAACUAAUACGGCUGCGUAAGCUGACGUUGAGCAACACGAAAAGCUCCGUCAGGAACGGAAAGGACCUCUCCGAGCCGUUCAAUACCAAACGAGGUUUCAGACAAGGCGAUUCCCUAUCGUGCGACUUUUUCAACCUGCUUCUGGAGAAAAUGGUUCGAGCUGCAGAACUCAACAGAGAAGGUACCAUCUUCUAUAAGAGUGUACAACUGCUGGCGUAUGUGGAUGAUAUUGAUACCAUCGGUCUCAACACCCGCGCCGUUAGUUCUGCUUUCUCCAGACUGGACAAGGAAGCAAAAAAAAUGGGUCUGGCAGUGAACGAGGGCAAUACGAAAUAUCUCCUGUCAUCAAACAAACAGUCGUCGCACUCGCGACUUGGCACACACGUCACUGUUGAUAGUCAUAACUUUGAAGUGGUAGAUAAUUUCGUCUAUCUUGGAACCAGGGUAAACACCACCAACAAUGUCAGCCUAGAAAUCCAACGCAAGAUAACUCUUGCCAACAGGUGCUACUUGGGACUCAGUAAGAAAUUGAGAAGCAAAGUCCUCUCUCGACGAACAAAAACCAAACUCCAUAAGUCGCUCCUAAUUAUCGUCCUGAUAUAUGGCACAGAGGCUUGGAUGAUGACAACAACAGAUGAGUCGACGUUACGAGUUUUCGAGAGAAAUGUUCUUCGAAAGAGUUAUGAUCCUUUGCGCAUUAGCCACGGCGAAUAUCGCAUUCGAUGAAACGAUGAGCUGUACGAGAUAUACGACGACAUUGACAUAGUUCAGUGAAUUAAAAGACAGCGGCUACGCUGGCUAGGUCAUGUUGUCCGGAUGGAUGAAAACACUCCAGCUCUGAAAGUAUUCGACGCAGUACCCGCCGCGGGAAGCAGAGGAAGCCCUCGACUCCGUUGGAAGGACCAUGUGGAGAAGGACCUGGCUUCGCUUGGAAUAUCCAAUUGGCGCCACGUAGCGAAAAGAAGAAACGACUGGCGCGCGGUUGUUAACUCGGCUAUAGUCGCGUAAGCGGUAUCUACGCCAAUUAAGAAGAAGAAGUGUAUGACACAGUUUAUGUCUACCAUGCAAAACAUGAUCCAAGACUUAAUAAACUCACAAAAUCAAAUACUACAAAAUUUAUUAAGUAAAAAAUGAAAUUACUAAAUAUCUGUAUAUGGAAUGCUAACGGUGUUACCCAACAUAAAUUAGAGAUUAUCAGAUUUCUAUCAGAAAAGAAUAUAGAUAUAAUUGAUUAGAAAUCGUUUAAACCACUUUGCUCUAGAAUCUCAUGCUACACCACAGUUACAAGCUACAACAAUAUCACUAAAAAAAUCGGGGUUGUGACUUAAACCUUACGGCUUUAUAAUAUCCACCCAUUUUAAAAUCACAGAAAUCGAACUUAAAGACUUUUUUGGAACACUAGGACAAAGAUUUGUAGCAGGUGGAGAUUACAACGCAAAACACACGUACUGGGGCUCACGUUUGAUUAAUCCGAAAGGACGACAGCUGUAUCAAACUGUUAUAAAUAGGAACAAUAACCUUGAAAUAAUAUCUCCUGGUAAGCCGACAUAUUGGCCUAGUGAUCGUAAGAAAAUGCCAGAUUUAAUUGAUUUUGCUGCAAUCAAAAAUAUAGAUAAGUAAAUCGCACAUAACAGCUGAUACAUGUACUGAUCUAUCUUCUGAUCACUCUCCUGUACUAAUAAAGUUAGGUGAACACCCCAUAUUCGUGAAUCCAAAAGUGGGUCUAACCUCUUAUAAAACGAAUUGGCUAAAAUAUAUAAAAUACAUACGUCAGUAGCCACAUUAAUAUUGAGUACAAAAUAAAUACAUGCAGAGAUAUUAAAGAAAGCAUAAGAGAAUUCAAUGAUAUAACAACCAGCGCAGCUGUCUUAGAAACACCAAACAAAAGCCAUAAUCUACUUGGUUUCAGAAAAAGCUCUAAUAAAGAAAUAGAAAUGCUUGUAAAUGAAAAAAGGCGUGCAAGACGCGAAUGGCAGAUUAAUCGCUCCCCUUCCACUCAGCUUCAAUUGAAAGCUGCUGUACGUAAAUUAAGAAAAGCGCUCAAACGUGAGGAAGAAUUGAACACCGAAAUGUAUAUAAAAAAACUGUGUCCAAAUUCAAAGAAGCAAAAUUCCCUUUGGAAAGCCCAAAAGUCCAUGAAGCCACCAACUGACUCUAACAUGCCAAUACGAGACGAUAUAUAAAAAAACUGUGUCCAAAUUCAAAGAAGCAAAAUUCCCUUUGGAAAGCCCAAAAGUCCAUGAAGCCACCAACUGACUCUAACAUGCCAAUACGAGAUUUGGGUGGAAAUUGGACUCGAUUAACGAAGCUGUCAAUCUUACCCAACGCAGCUAAAGAGUCGCUCGAGUUCCUUAAGACUUCACCUUCUGAAAUUAUUGGUAUCAUCAAAGAACUUAAUCCAAAAAAGUCGCCGAGGCAUGGUAAUAUUUCCCCAAAAAUGCUAAUUAAGUCCCCAAUUAUUGCUGUAAAGGUGCUCUCUUUGCUCUUCAAUGCAAUUCUUAAUUUCGGAUGCUAUCCAAUUUCAUGGAAAAAGUCGCAGAUUAUCUUGAUAGAUAAACCUGGGAAAGACUUAACACAGCCGUCUUUAUACAGACCAAUCAGUCUUCUACCCUGUAUUCCAAAAGUAUUUGAAAAAGUAUUACUAUCAAAGAUGUCUCCUUUCCUCCACGAAAAUAAUACAAUACCAAUGCAUGAAUUCGGUUUUCGUGCGAAACAUGGCACAAUAGAGCAAGUAAAUAGAAUUACUAACGAAAUAGGGAAAGCAUUUGAGCACAGGGAGUACUGUUCAGCAAUAUUUCUAGAUGUAGCUCAGGCGUUUGAUAAGGUGUGGCACAAAGGUCUUUUAUAAAAGAUUAAAAAAAUUGUACCUUUAAAAUUGUAUAAAACAUUGGAGUCUUAUUUAAAAAAUAAAAAAUUUAUGGUAAAAGUGGGAUAUUUCAUAUCUGAUGAACGACAGAUAAGGGCUGGUGUACCCUAGGGCAGUGGUUUAGGCCCAACGCUAUACAUCAUAUAUACAGCAGAUCUUCCAACAGCUAAUAAUGUAUUAAUUUCAAC